AUGAUGACAAAAGCCUGUAAGAAGAGGAGGAGAGUUUGUGUAAGCAGUGAAUUGGGAGACUUGAGUACAAUCUUUGAGGUUGACGAAAGCAGACUCUCUGAAACAGAUGGUGUGACAUCAAUUCCUACAUGUGAGCACCAAUCGUCUUAUGAACUGAAGGCUGAAAGUAUGAAUACUAGGAAGAUAAGGUGGUGCACAAAAAUCUUAAGGAAGCUCAUCGAUCACAAAGGUGGCUGGCUUUUCAAAGAACCUGUUGAUCCAGUGCUAUAUGGGAUUCCUGAUUACUUUGACGUUAUCCGCAGCCCAAUGGAUUUGGGUACUGUUAAGAAUAAACUCACAAAAAAGCAGUAUGUAAGCUUCGAGGAGUUUGCAGCAGAUGUGAGGCUAACAUUUUCAAAUGCUAUGAAGUAUAAUCCUCCAGGCAAUGACAUCCAUACUAUUGCUAAAGAAUUGAAUGGAAUAUUUGAUUCAAAAUGGGAAUCAGUGAAAAAGAAAUUUAGAGGCCCAAACCCAUUUCAAGAGCAGAAGACAAUAUUCACAAAAGCCUGUAAGAAGAGGAGGGGAGUUUGUGUAAGCAGUGAAUUGGGAGACUCGAGUACAGUCUUUGAGGUUGAGGAAAGCAGACUCACUAUAAAGGAUGGUGUGACAUCAAUUCCUACAUGUGAGCACCAAUCGUCUUAUGAACUCAAGGCUGAAAGUAUGAAUACUAGGAAGAUAAGGCGAUGCACAAAGAUCUUAAGGGAGCUCAUGGAUCACAAAAGUGGUUGGAUUUUCAAUCAACCUGUUGAUCCAGUGCUAUAUGGGCUUCCUGAUUACUUUGAUGUUAUCCGCAACCCGAUGGAUUUAGGUACUGUUAAGAAGAAACUCACUAACAAGCAAUAUGUAAGCACUGAUGAGUUUGCGGCAGAUGUGAGGCUAACAUUUUCAAAUGCCAUGAAGUAUAAUCCUCCAGGGAAUGAUAUCCAUGCUAUCGCUCAACAACUGAAUGGAAUAUUUGAUUCAAAAUGGGAAUCAGUGAAAAAGAAAUUUAGAGGCCCAAGCCCAGUUCAAGAGCAGAAGACAAUAUUCACAAAAGCCUGUAAGAAGAGGAGGGGAGUUUGUGUAAGUAUUGAAUUGGGAGACUCGAGUAUAGUCUUUGAGGCUGAGGAAAGCAGACUCUCUAAAAAGGAUGGUGUGACACCAAUUUCUACAUGUGAGCACCAAUCGUCUUAUGAACUCAAGGCUGAAAGUAUGAAUACUAGGAAGAUAAGGCUGUGUGGAGAUAUCAUAAGGAAGCUCAUCGAUUACAAAGGUGGCUGGCUUUUCAAAGAUCCUGUUGAUCCAGUGCAAUUUGGGAUUCCUGACUACUUUGAUGUUAUCCACAACCCAAUGGAUUUGGGUACUGUUAAGAAUAAACUCACAAAAAAGAAAUAUAUAAGCAUUGAGGAGUUUGCAGCAGAUGUGAGGCUAACAUUUUCAAAUGCUAUGAAGUAUAAUCCUCCAGGCAAUGAUGUCCAUACUGUCGCUAAAGAACUGAACCGAGUAUUUGAUUUAUUAUGGGAAUCAAUGAAAAGGAAAUUUAGAGGCCCAAGCCCGGUUCAAGAGCAGAAGACAAUAUUCACAGAAGUUCAAGCUGUAAUGGAUUCAAAGUCUACAAUUGGGUGCUCAAAUUCAAAACCUUCGGUUAUUAGAAGGCCAGUUGCUUGCUCAAAUUCGAUUGCAAAGAAGCCACUGACAGAUGCGUUAUCCUUUAAAGUAAAAAUCAUAUCUUUCGUGGGCAGCGAUGAGCAGAUUUCUUCCAAAGGAUUCCAGAAGGAUGAGGUUUCUUCCAAGGUGGAGCAUGGCACGGAGGUCCUAAAGUCGGUGGCCCUGCAUUUUUAUCAGCAAGGAAUCCAGAAGGAUGAGGUUUCUUCCCAGGUGGAGCACACGCAGAGGUCCUGA